AUGCGUAAAUUCCGUCUUGCCGUUCUCGAAUGCGACACGCCCAUUGAGCCUGUCGUGGAGAAACUCGGCACCUACGCCAAGAUAUUUGGCACCUUUGUCCGACGGGGCCUAGAGGGGUACAUUGAAGAUGGAGGCGCCAUGGGCGUUGACUUGGAGGUGACGAGCCACCAGAUGGUGGAUAUGGAGGAGCUUCCCAACUUCAAGGAGGUGGACUGUCUCAUGUUGACAGGCAGUAAGCACAACGCAUUUGAGGACCAUCCAUGGAUCACAAGGCUGGUGGACUAUUGUCGUCUGGCGUACGAAACGACGGACAUCCCACUGGUUGGCAUCUGCUUUGGACACCAGAUCAUCGCCAGGGCCUUGGGUGCCAAGGUCCAGCGCAACGCUGGUGUGUGGGAGGUGGCAGUUGAUCAGGUCGACCUGACCCCCGAGGGGCAGAAGCUCUUUCACUCGGACAAGCUGUUCCUUCACCAGAUGCAUCAAGACAUAGUCGCCACACUGCCCGAGGGCAGUGUCCUGCUGGGCAAAAGUCCCAAGUGCGAGAUCCAGGGGUUCUACAUUCCCAAGCGGGUGCUCACGCUACAAGCGCAUCCCGAGUUCUCAGAGUUCAUCAUGGAUCAGGUCAUGCGCAGGCGGUUCGAGCAGAAGGUCUUCACGCCAGACGUGUAUGAGUCGGGGAUUAGCAGGGCAUCCAAGGAGCACGAUGGUCUGAAGGUGUCCAAGGUCAUUUGGAAGUUCCUGCUGGAGGAUUUGUAG